AUGAAUGGGGUUAUUAACCAAAACGUCAGGACUGCGGCAGACGAGGAUAAUGUCGAUCACAUCGGUGUUGAUACUCCUCGAUCCGGCGUAGCUACUCCUCAACCCGAUCUACAGGACAAACGCUUGCCCAGUAUCAUGAGUUACUUUGGCCAGGUUCGUAAUUAUCCUUCUGCGCCUUCGUCAGAUCCCAAUUCGUCUCAGAGCGGUACCACUCUAGACGGGAUUCUAGUUCAAACCGCUCCACCUACCGACCUGCAGUUGCAGGUACACCCUGAGGGCUCUACUCGCGGCUGUGACUCUUCGGCUUUUGAUCGUUCGCCUCUUCAACAUGAGAGCCUUGAUCGCAUGCCAAGUACCACGCAGCGCGAUGAGCAUAACCUUUCAAACCCCUACCCAACCCCACCCACAUCUCAGCCCUCGUCUUCGGGGGGUUCUAUCUCCCAGGACAUGAUUUCUGCCGACUCAGGGGCCCAUGGCAGGGCUGCUGUCGAGCCUAAGUCUCUUACACAGCAGGCACAAUCCAAGAAACCCACAGCCUCGCCCUUCACCACCACCCACUUUCAAACUUCUGAUGACCCAUCACUACCUGAACUUGACUCCUCCAUAAACGCAGCACAUACCAAAGACUCCAUUCAGCCCUCGCACCCCGAACCUGGUGCUGCAAGUUCAGACAAUUCUGAAGUUGCUGCCCCCGGCAAGUGGAAUAUUCUUAAUGGACUCAAGGAGCUAACUCGUAUGACGUUUAAGAGCGGCAACUCGACUCCUACUCGAGCAAUGUCGGCUGCACGACCUUCUGCCUCUGAGAGGGCCCCCUCCUCCGGGAGAACCAGCCACGAUAGCGCUGAAGUCAGCGGCGCCCAGACUCCCAGGAGCUCUGGCGGUGCCCAGGCACCUGCUGCCAAGGGUAAACUAACAAUCAAGAUCAAUGAGGCCCGAGGACUCAGGAAGAGUCGGGACCCUUAUGUUGUUAUUGUUUUUCAACGUAGUGAGCUCAUCUCAGGCGGCCCCCACCACAUUGAUGAGGAAGACAACCUCAGCAUCGAACCACCCCCCGCUCAUGGUGGCAUCGCCAUCCAACGAUCAGGAAGUGAUUCAGGUCGUCCCUUGGCCAUUCCCAUGAGAAGCAGACAGAGCAGUAACACCAGUAUUCAUGAUCACGGUGGCUCAGUCCGCACCCGGUCUGGGCAGCUAUCCUUCACCAACCCAAAGUGGGAUGCGGAAGCAGAGUUCGACGUGGUAGACUAUGAUAUGCUUGUUGAUGUCUCAGUAUAUGAUCAUGGGGCAUCAGGAGAUGAGUUUCUCGGUCAUGUUGACUUCCGGGCCAGCAAAGAUCCUGGUACUACUGUCGAGGGUUGGUUCCAGCUUCAGGGUCAUGCUGAUACUAUGGCUGAGAAGGCGCCGACCGGCGAAAUCUUCCUCGAGGCCAUCUACCACAGGGCUGAGAAGAAGCAGUUUGGCCCACAGGAUUUCGACAUCCUUAAGCUUAUUGGCAAGGGCACCUUUGGUCAGGUGUACCAAGUGCGAAAGAAGGAUACUCAGCGCAUCUAUGCCAUGAAGGUUCUGCAGAAGAAGGUCAUUGUACAGAAGAAGGAGGUCGCGCACACUGUGGGCGAGCGAAAUAUCCUGGUCCGCACAGCCAUGUCCGACUCACCUUUCAUCGUCGGUCUCAAAUUCUCUUUCCAAACACCAUCCGAACUGUACCUGGUCACCGACUACAUGUCUGGAGGUGAACUUUUCUGGCAUUUGCAGAAGGAGGGUCGGUUCGAUGAGAAGCGAGCCAAGUUUUACAUCGCCGAGUUGAUCUUGGCCAUUCAGCACCUUCACAAUAACGAUAUUGUGUACCGAGAUUUGAAGCCCGAGAACAUCCUUUUGGACGCAAAUGGUCAUAUCGCCUUGUGCGACUUUGGUCUCUCCAAGGCCAACCUUACGAAGAACGACACAACCAACACAUUCUGUGGAACUACCGAAUAUCUUGCACCCGAAGUUUUGCUGGAUGAAUCUGGCUACACCAAGAUGGUGGAUUUCUGGUCGCUCGGUGUCUUGGUAUUCGAGAUGUGUUGCGGCUGGAGCCCAUUCUAUGCCGAAGAUACACAGCAGAUGUAUAAGAAUAUUGCUUUCGGUAAGGUGAGGUUCCCACGGGACACCCUCUCUCAGGAAGGAAGGAACUUUGUCAAGGGACUCCUUAACCGAAACCCCAAGCACAGAUUGGGUGCAACUGAUGAUGCCGAGGAGUUGAAGAGACACCCCUUCUUUGCUGACGUGGACUGGACAUUACUUACCAAGAAGCUCAUCACUCCUCCUUUCAAGCCCAAAUUGAAGUCCGAGACAGAUGUCUCAUAUUUCGAUCCAGAGUUCACGACUGCUCUGGAUCAGAAUGGCUCUUUAAACGAGCGUGCUGCUGCGUUGGCGCGGGGCUACGCCGCCUCAACACCUCUAUCUCCAUCUGUCCAAGCCAACUUCCAGGGCUUCACAUUUGUUGAUGAGAGUGCACUUGACGACCACAUGCGAGAUCGAGCAGGGCUUGUUGACGAAGAUAUGGAUGAUGGAAACGGUCAUGGCCGCAGACACCGCGAUAACGACGAUUGGGAUAAUCUUGACGACAUUGACCUCAGGAAGGCAAACCGGAUGAGUGGGGUCGUGAAGACUGGGCACGACGAGCACAUGGUGGGGGGUUCUCAUUUUGACGUAUAA